AUGCGAAUCUUGCUGGAGGCCAAGAUUGCGAUUUUCAUUUUUUUGUCUUUAUUUGCUGUUUCUGAUUUAGUUUUUGAGAUAUUUAUUGUCACUGAUGACUUCAAUGUGCUGCGCGCUUAUGAGGUUCUGAAACUUUAUCUCCCCUGUUACAGAACCGGAAUAGCAACUUUCAAGGUUCAGCCUCACGGUGCAGCUGGUUAUGCCACUGCUACUACUACUAGCGAUAGCAUCCAGAGGAAGGAGCGAGACACUGGAUUGAGGAGUGUAGGUCCGAAGACAAAGAGAGAGCAGCUGCUAAAAGCCACUGCACUUGUCCCACUUCUUUUGAUAUUCCCGAACGCCUAUUCCAUGCUCGCAGCGAAUCUCUUUGUAUUCUGGCACAUAAGUGCUGGUAUUGAAUAGAUUUUGGCUGAUUAUGUUCACCAUGAGAUGACCCGAAAUUAUGUCGUGAUUGCUUUCAAAUUGUUCCUGAUAAUUGCAAUGAAGGAUGUGUUCCUAAAAUUUGUAUUUGUAUAAUCAGAUAACUCACUAAAAUUAUGCUUGCAUUUCUGCAUAAUAUGAGCCCGAUGAGGUGUAAAUAUGAGAAAAUCCUUAUUUCCAGUUUUCAGUUGGUUAUUAGAGGUG